AUGGUGGUCAUAGUCGCGUCUUUAUUCCUACCGUUCCAGCCUCAGUUCGAGGUAUCCGGAUCGGACGUCGAUACUGCGGCCCUGCUUGAAAGUAAUGCUGUUAAAAUUCCGCAAACUAAUCCCAGCAGCGCAGGUCAAGUGUCGCUAGACAACAAUGACCCGUUGCGUAGAAAUAGGACAAGCUCCGUGCACUCAAGCUCGCCUUUUUCCAAUGCUGAGCACGGUAAUGGGCCCUCAGAACUACUAGACUAUCCUAAUGCCAAUGUUGCUCGAGAACAAGACCCUCACACGAAGGUCGCAAGUCCCAGCAUCUCGUCUGAAAUGUUCAUGGAAAACCUUACAGCCAAUGCAGUCAACACCGGUGCGGGAGGAACCCCCGCAAAUCCCGUACACAACCAGGGAAACACGUCCGUUGAGGAGUUUUUCAGCUCGCACCCGGGAGGAGCAAUGCAGGCCGCUUUCGGGCCUAGUGGGCUUUCAAGCAGAAACUACUCGAAUGCCUCGACCCCGGGCGUUGACGGUAUUUUCAGUCCUCUCCCACAGCACGACUCUACAGCGAACCUUUUGAAAAGCGUGAACAAAUCGCUGUACCAGAACAUGAUUGGCACCAGUGGAAGCCCUGUUCCCGCCUCUUUUGAGGGCAAGACGCAACCCCAGGCUUCCCAACCUACCAGUACUGUGAUCACACCGAAAUCCAGAGAUGUGCCGGACUUCAAUUCUAGCGUGGUAGAUCUUCCAAAAGCCAAGCAUCAGCAGCAACAGCAAUACUCAUUGCCGGCGAUGAGAAGAAUUCAUCGGAAGUCCUCCAACGCCGGACCCUCUUCCGAUCCGAAAGACCCUAAGGCGUCGCAACACUACCCCCCAGGUAAGCACCCACUCAGACCGCUUGAAACGGGCCGUCACAUUUCUUCCGCGCUGAAGAAUGAGGUCAUUGAAGAAAGUGACAGUGAUCAUUAUUCAGACCACGAUGAUGAUGACGCGAAGUCAAAUGUCCCCCAGUUUGGAGGCUUUUCAACCAAUAAAGCUUCUUUGCUGAUGGGAUCAAAGAACAUCUUUUCACAGGUGCCUUGGAAAAUAGUUACUUCUGGAAAGGGAAACGGUGGACUCAAAAAUGCCGUUACAACAGCUGCAUGUGAGAAAACCAUCGAGGAAUCUGUCAAAUGGGUUGGUACUGUGGGUAUUCCUACAGAUAGUGUUCCUAAAGACGUUUUGCAUAAGGUUUGUGACGAGCUCGAAACGAACUACGACUGUGUACCUGUUAUUUCCGAUGAUAUCACAUUCAAAGUCGCCUACAAGAACUUCUGUAAGCAAAUCUUGUGGCCCACGUUGCAUUACCAGAUUCCUGAUAACCCCAAUUCGAAAGCAUUCGAGGACCAUUCGUGGAAUUUUUACCAGGAUUUGAAUCAGUUUUUUGCUGAUAGCAUUGUCAAAGCUUACAAUGAAGGUGACACAAUUUGGGUUCAUGACUAUCACCUAAUGCUUGUUCCAGGUAUGGUGAGGGCAAAGCUACCCAAGGCUAAGAUCGGUUUCUUCCUGCACGUUUCGUUUCCUAGUAGUGAAGUCUUUAGGUGUUUUGCUCAGAGAGAAAAUAUACUCAACGGAAUUGUGGGAGCAAACUUUGUUGGUUUCCAGACAGAGGAGUAUGCUCGCCAUUUCUUGCAAACAACCAAUGGUCUACUGAUGACCGACGUUGACAAGACUACUCUCAAAUAUAAAGGGCGUAUCAUAGACGUUGGUCAUGCACCAAUUGGCAUUGAUGCUUUUAACUUGGAUGCCCAGUUGAACACCGAAAGUGUUAAGAACUGGCGCCAGCUGAUUCGUAAUAGGUGGCCAGAUAAGAAGCUCAUAGUUGGUCGCGAUCAAUUUGACCGUAUUCGGGGACUCAGGAAGAAGUUAUUGGCAUACGAGCGAUUUUUGCGUGCGAAUCCUGAGUAUGUCACACGUACCGUUUUGAUUCAAAUUUGCCUUGGCUCUGAAAAAGAUCCGGAAUUGGAAAGAGAAUUGCUGGUCGUAAUUGACCGGAUCAACGCUUUAUCUCCUAACAUCAGUGUCUCGCAGCCAGUUGUCUUUCUACAUCAAGACCUAGAUUUUGCGCAGUACCUGGCUCUGAAUUCCGAGGCAGACCUGUUUCUCAUAACAACGAUGAGGGAGGGCAUGAACUUGACUUGUCACGAGUUCAUAGUCUCGUCCAGAGAGCGUAAUGCGCCCCUUUUGCUGUCCGAGUUUACCGGUAGUGCCUACAUCAUGAAGGAUGGCGCUUUUCUCGUAAAUCCAUGGGACAUCAAGCAAGUGGCACAAAGUAUCAAGCGUGCUCUCGAGCUACCAUUUGAAGAGAAAAGACGCAGGUGGAAGACUUUAUACAAGAGCAUUAUGAAAAACGAUUCAGACUAUUGGGUCAAAGAAGCUUUGAAUGGAAUCUCGGCAUCAUGGUUUUUCAACCAAGAAAGAUCUACUGUUUUCAACCUAGCAUACGAAAAAAUGCUCUCCAGCUAUAAAGCAACCAAAAAACGUGUCUUCAUUUUCAAGAUAUCGGAACCCCCUACCGCAAGAGCGCUUUCUAUCUUGGCUGACCUUUCAAGUCAUAGUAUAGUGUACGUUUUCAGCUCUUUCUCGCGAAACAUGAUGGAGAGACUGUACACAAGAGCCGCUCAUGUUGGUCUGAUUGCAGAAAACGGUGCUUACGUGAGGCUGAAUAGCCGCUGGUUUAGCAUUGUGGAAGACAUUUCCUGGAAAGGAGACAUUGCCAGAGUCAUCGAAGAUAAAGUCGAAAGGCUCCCUGGCUCGUACUACAAGGAAGGCGAGUCGAUGAUACGCUUCCAUACCGAAAAUGCAGACGACAAGGAACGAGUUUCCGGGGUCAUCGGCGAUGCAAUCACUCAUGUCAACACACUUUUCUUGGACAGAGGUAUUCACGCUUACUUGCACAAGAACGUUGUGUUUGUACAACAGAUUGGAUUGGCGUUGAAGGCCGUCCAAUUCCUAAUGGCGUAUUUCAACUCUGUCAACGCGAAUACAAACUCGACGCCACAGCACUCAGUGGAGAACUCACCUUUGUUGAGUCCUCUCAUGGCCCCUUCUUUGCCCAAUGGUUUGAGUUCUCCAGUCAGUCAGAAUGCCCAAAAUUCCUAUUUCAGUCUUGGCCGCGGGACUUCUCAUGUAGAUUUCCUGGCAGUAACAGGAUCAACCUCUCCCGUGGUGGAACCACUAUUCGAAUAUGUCAAUGAACUUGUCAAAGGCAGGGCCGUCAAAGCCGGCUACAGUGUGGUUUACGGAGUUUCUCUCUCGACAUACGCGAAGGAGCACAUUGAGGGUCUCAAUGAGCUGCUCUCCAUUCUAGAAAAGCUCAACCAGAUACAUUAG